AUGAACAUUAAUGAAGCAGACUCGAAUUAUCAAUUAUUUUACGGUUUCAAUGAUCCAGAAGGACAAAAUAUAGCACUAUCCGCUACUAGUAUGAUUAAACCAAUUCCAAAUGAGAAAGAAUUGUUUCUUUUUGACAAAACAUCACGUACAACUGGAUAUGGUGGAUUAGUCUCUGCGAGACAGUUACAUUUUAUCUGUGGACCUUAUCCAGAGUCAAUAAUUGAUGAAAAUGUAAUAUUUGACAAGAUUAUACAAACGAUUAUUUUGCCCAUCUUAUUAAUUAUGUUGAUUUUAUUCAACAGUUUAUCACUUGCUGUUUUAACUAGACCUACUAUGAAAACACCUGUGUUUACCGUAUUAUUAGGUAUUACAAUGGUGGAAAUGUCCAAUGGUUUGUUACCUUUACCAAUGUAUUUACUCAGAGCAUUUUAUAGUGAUCCUGUUUGGUGGGAGUAUAAAAAAUAUACAUCAUAUAAUUUAACACAAAUUUCAAAAUGGUGGAAAUAUGCUCCAUUAGAAAUUUAUCAAACAAGUUCAAAUCCUACAGCAAGUGGAAUACUUGCAUGGACUACAGUAUUUUUACCAACUGUUUGUCAUACAACAGCUACAUGGUUAACAUUAUUUGUUGCAUUACAACGACUUAUUUACAUUACAUAUCCUAAUAAAGCUACAAAAUUAUUUUCUAUACUUACUGUACGUUUAGUUUGUAUCAGUGUAUUAUUAUGUGCAUUAAUUUUACAUAUUCCAAUGUUUCAAUCAAAUUUUGUUCGAUUUCAACCACUUCUUCUACAUCAAAAUGUUAUUUUUAGAAAUUAUUCCAUUGAUUUUAAACAAUUAUUAUUAUAUGAAGCAUUAGAUUAUUUACCAUAUGUUGUCAUGAAAUGUCAUACAUGUUUACCUAUUCAUAUGUUUCUAUAUUUUUUAACUCGUGUCAUACUUGUACAUUUAUUACCUUGUAUAUUAUUAAUUAUAUUAACCAUAAUAAUCAUUAUGAAAAUGAGACAAAUUAAUAGAAAACAUUUAUGGCUUACACGUGGUAAAUUAUUAUUACAAUAUUCUAAAACAUUAUCUACAUAUAAACAAACCAAAUCUUAUUCAUUACCUAUUACUUCUUAUAAACAUAGUUUAUCACCAGAAACAACGAAUAUUUCAAAACAAGAUCAAAUCAUUGAUCAUAAAGUUCAAAUAAAUUGA